CGGUAAACUUAAAAUACUCACAUCCGUGUUGUAUUUUCCUGCAUGUCCAUCUCGACUACGGGCAUACAUUUGUUAGGUAAAGCAUGGUUUCCAAUAACUUGAUUGGGAUUCCGUGAUUGUAGUUGUAGAUCUUCUAGCUUAAAUUAACUGAAUGCGUUUUCGCCGAGUGGAGCUGGUUCUUUGUUUGCCUUUUGUCUCGCUUUCCCGUGACAUAGGCCUACCUUCAUAGAAACAUAAGUAUCUGCUGGUCAAUGUUCCCUUGAUACUUUGAUGCGCGGUCCUUGUACACAUCCCUUACGCGAAUAUCCACCAUAGGUGUCAACUAUGACCGACCGAAAGAGGGAACUGCCGUCUUGGAUGUCGCUAAAGGAGAAGGCGAUACCAGAUCAGGCAAUGACGAACAUUAGAAAAGUUUCACGAACGGUAUAUUGCAUGAACGAGAAGGAGCUUGUUGAAGCAGCGAUUGCAUUUAUUAGCCAAGGGGAGGUGAAUGGAGACAGAAGGCUGGCAAGCGCUAUGAGAAUCCAGGACUGUUCUAAACAAAUAGAAGAGACUUUGGGUGAAUCCUCUAGCUCCUAUAAUCAGGACCGGACCUACAUUUCAGAGACCGACAUGGACACUGUAGAAGACGCACAGACAUUAUCCCCCCACCUAUAUUUCUCUGGACAACAGUCUGAAGGUCAAAGACAACAGUCUGAAGGUCAAAGGUCAUUACAGGCUCGAGACUCUCAGAGUCCGGUUGCACCUGAAACAGGCCCCACAGUGGUUGCUGAGUCUCCGCCCACUGAAGUCGAAGAGGACGACUCGUUCAAGCUUGUAAGGGAAAUCUUCUUCACAAAGGAUUAAACUCUAUUAGGACACGCCUUAGUUCUUGCCUAUUACUGUUACCCUUAUCAACUUAAAAUGAUUUGGUAAUUGGUAAUCCUCAUUAGAAACAUAGUGAACUACAUUGUUACUCUCCAGAACAUCUGGGGUGUGUUCUUUUGAAUUUCCUGUUAAUUGCGAUGGAAUGGGACCAUGGCAUUCUAGACUUCCAUGUUUGUACCGAAGUCCAAAUAGAGAAAUAACAAGCAUGGCACUUUAGCUAAAUUGUAAUUAUUUUAUUUGUAUGAAAGCCAUAAAAGAUUAAAGAUUGUAAAAGCAUAGGGUGGUCACUGUCAAACACUGGUAUACAUAAUGCCAUAAUAUUUUUUUAAUUAACAGUAUGUAUCAUAACAGUUUGAAAGGAGCAGCGAUUUUGUAAGAAAUAUCUGUGCAAAAAUAUAAUUUCAUGAGGUUGAAACGAGAAUACAAUCAUCAACACUG